AGUAGGGUCUAUGGCAAUAGGAAAGGUGUACGUCAGCACACAUUCCUGUAUUUAAUUGCUUGUUAAUGUAGUGUCGUAUUUACGUUAGAUAACGUUAGCUUUAUCGAUAAUCCUUUACAUUAAUUGGUUGUAGAUUACAUAUUAAUUAUAAGUGGAACCGAACGGUCAAAUAGAUUUUGUAGACAAGUUUUUUUUGUAAAUAACUCGUGCUUGUGUGAGCUAUUUUUCAAUCUGUUUUUAAGCUACGCACCUAAUUAUUUUACUUUGGUGAAUUGGUGAUAUAACUACCCAGAUAAGAUAAUUAUUUCUUCAAGGCAAAAUACAUUAAACAUAGUUGGCUGCAGCAAAUUGUUUAAAACAAAAACAAUUUUAACCAAACGUUGAUUUGAGAAUUCAAAAUUGAUUCCACAAUGAGAGAAGAUAAAUCGCCUCGAUCGAGUAGAAGCCGAAGUCGAAGUAAUUCAAAUACAAGCAAGGAAAAUGGCAAGAAAAAAAGUCGCAGUUUAUCAAGCAAAUCUAGCCGCUCAAAGUCGCGUUCGCGAUCACGAAGUAACAGCAGUGAGAGGGAUGAGUACAGACUACACAUAGCUGACAUUGCAGAUGAAGUUAGAAAAUCUGAUUUGGAAAAAUUAUUUUCCCAAUAUGGCAAUCUUAAGGAACUGUGGAUGACCCACAGUUCACCUGUGUUUGGAUUUGCUGUCUAUAAAACUAAAGAGAGUGCUGCUGCAGCUCUGAAAGGGACAGAUGGAGUGAGUGUUGGCGGAAGCAGAAUUCGAGUAACCCAUGCCCGACCAAGAACACGGGGCCAAGGAAGACGAUCAUUUCAUCCCAAUAUGCGAUGUUAUCAGUGUGGUUAUUCUGGUCAUUUUUACAGAGAUUGCCCGGAUUUAGAUGGAGGCAAAAGUUACGAUUCCAGAGGUUCUAGAAGACGAUCAGGCAGACGGGAUCGCGACUACGACCGCGACUACGGCCGAGACUACGGAAGACGUAGACACUCGUCCCGGAGGUACGACGACUACGACUACGAUCGUCGAAGAAGUGGCGGCAGAAGACACCGCUAUUGAAACAAAAAUACGAUUGCUUCUUCGUUCAACAACAAUUAAGUACCAUAAUUUAGAAAAAAAAAAUUAUUAUAUUAAUGUUCUUUUUUUAUUUCAAUUAUUCAAUGGCAUAAGGGACAAUAGAAAGACGAUUUUUAUUCAUGUCUAUUUCGUGCUUAUUAAUAUCGCUUUUUGUUUUAUUUAGUCGACAUAUUCAUUAGAAAUGCGCAAUCAUUGUGUAUUUUUUUUGUCUUUUUUCCAAUUACUUAUGCCACUGAUAGCAUGGAGUAAUUAAUUCUGAUGUAUAAUAAAUGGCAAAUGAUUUUACAUGUUUGUAAUUAUAGUAGUUGUGGCGUUCACGCUAUCAAUCGAGACCAAAUAUUUUGAAAAUUAAGUACAUUGAUUGUAUAUGUACGUCACAUAGAAGUACAAAUAGGUGGAUAUUGAUUGUUAGUGUAACUAUUGGUUUGUAUGUCAAUAAAUAUCAACAUAAAUACGUAA